CUCGGGCUGACACGUAAACAGCAGUCAUACACACGAAAGUAAAUUAACUAGAUAGCACCAGUUUAAACGUUUACUAAUUUCCUCUAUUGAACGUUGAGAUUUUAGCCGGUAAUCUCAGUAAAUUAUUAGAGGGGUCUGUACUCAGCGGCACCUCGUGUGUCCUCUCCGGCGUGACGUCACAGAGGGACACUCCACGCGACAAGUGUACAGACAAGAUGGCGCUCGCUGUUGUGCCCUACAAGUAACCAGCGCUUGACGGAAAAACAGAUUAACCAUCAUGCCUUGGCAGGACCUGGUUUCAUUGCUGUCGGCCGUCACCAUGGUGAUGUAAGGGGGGCAGUGACUCACUGUGAUGGACAGGUGUAAGCAUGUGGGUCGCUUAAGGCUCGCGCAGGACCACUCCAUCCUGAACCCGCAGAAAUGGCACUGUGUGGAUUGCAACACCACAGAGUCUGUGUGGGCUUGUCUGAGCUGUUCACAUGUAGCAUGUGGACGGUACAUAGAGGAGCACGCACUUCAGCACUUUAAGGAGCAGCACCACCCUCUGGCCCUGGAGGUAAAUGAAUUGUAUGUGUACUGCUACUUGUGCGACGACUACGUGCUGAACGAUAAUGCAACGGGUGACUUAAAGCUGCUGCGUAGCACGCUAAGUGCCAUUAAAAGCCAGUGCUAUGAAGUAACCACACGCAGUGGCCGUACUCUACGCUCAUCGGCCGCCACGGGCGACCAGCUGUCACCCAGCACGCAAGAGCUCCAGCUGCGUGAUGAGGACCGCAUGUUCACGGCACUUUGGCAUCGCCGACGCGCACUCAUUGGUCGUGUGUUCCGCUUGUGGUUUGUGCAAACUGAACGGGGGAAGAAGCGUUUGGAAGAGGAACGGCAACAGGAGGAAGAGGAGGAGAGAAAGAGGGAGGCGCGCGAGAGAAGGCGGAAACUCAAACGUCAACUCCGAGAGGAGCUUGAAAGCGCACCUCCAAGGAAAAGCCAUCGAAUUCGGCGGCAGAGCCUUAAGGCUACUUCUGUGGUGUCCACACCAGCAUCGACCAUAAACACCAAAUCCACGAGCCGCAGAUCUGCCCCUGCUCGAAUCUCCGUCAGUACUUCACGAACUGCUAAAGAUAGAAAGCCUCGGCGUACAUCAGCGAAAGCCAAAAGACCUCGGCGGCCACCACCACCUAAAACGGGUGAUUCGCCAAUCAAACGCCGACCCACCGUCACACCAGGAGUGACGGGUUUGCGCAACCUCGGCAAUACGUGCUACAUGAACUCUAUACUGCAGGUUUUGAGUCACUUACAUGUAUUUCGGGAGUGCUUUUUGAGACUGGACCUGAAUCAGGCACUUGAACUGCUAGCCUCUGCCGUGAGCCGCAAGUUAGGACUCUCCUCUCAGCGCGUGACCCAGCCGAAAGGCACCAACCAGGGGUCGGGACUCAGCGGCGGGGCCUCGCGAUCACGCAACAUGGAGCUCAUCCAACCCAAGGAGCCGAGCUCCAAACACAUCUCGCUUUGUCACGAGUUACACACGCUGUUUCAAGUGAUGUGGUCAGGAAAGUGGGCCCUGGUGUCUCCGUUCGCAAUGCUGCACUCCGUGUGGCAGCUGAUCCCGGCGUUUCGAGGUUACGCGCAGCAGGAUGCGCAGGAAUUUCUUUGUGAACUUUUAGAUAAAGUCCAGCAUGAGCUGGAACGGACCAGAACACUAACGCCUGCCACCGUGCCGGCCAAUCAGAGACACCUUAUUAAACAGGUGCUCAGCGUGGUCAACACCAUCUUUCACGGCCAGCUGCUCAGUCAGGUGAGGUGUUUAGCGUGUGAUUAUCGCUCAAACACAAUAGAGCCAUUCUGGGAUCUUUCUUUGGAGUUUCCAGAGCGUUACCACAGCAACAGUAAGGAUGCCGCACAGGUUCCAUGUGGGUUGACGGAGAUGCUUGCUAAGUUUACAGAGACAGAGGCUUUGGAGGGAGAAAUAUAUGCCUGUGACCACUGCAACAGCAAGCGGCGACGAUUUUGUUCAAAGCAGGUGGUCUUAACUGAAGCACAGAAACAGCUCAUGGUCCACAAACUGCCUCAGGUUCUCCGACUGCACCUCAAACGCUUCAGGUGGUCUGGGCGAAACCACAGGGAGAAGAUCGGCGUUCACGUUCAGUUCGAGCAGGAGCUAAACAUGGAACCGUACUGUUGCAAGGACUCCAGCAAUUCGCCCCACCCUCAACACUUUCUCUACCAGCUCUCUGCUGUGGUGAUGCAUCAUGGGAAGGGAUUUGGCUCUGGCCAUUACACUGCCUUUUGUUAUAAUACAGAAGGAGGGUUUUGGGUCCACUGUAAUGACUCUAAACUGAGCGUGUGUGCCGUGGAGGAAGUUUGUAAGGCCCAGGCCUACAUUCUUUUCUAUACACAACGAAACUCUCAGGACAAAAACAAAGCCAGUGACCUCUGACCCCUGCUGAGCAGCCCGUCAGCCCCAGAAACUGUAUUUGUUUUGUACAUUCUGUUGAUAUAGAUUUUGAGAUGGUUAGCACAGGUCUCCUUUUCAUUCUAGUGUACAGCGGUUGUAAAGUGUGCUUUUGUCAUACAAACACUCAUGCCUUAAAAUUAUACAACUGACAGAGUUUGGUAGGCAGCGUUUUUUUGUCUGUGUAUGUAUGAAGAAAGUGAUAUCGGUCCAAGCCACAAGCAUUAUUGCAUCUCUCCUCUGUCUCUCUCUCUCUCUCUCUCUCUCUCUCUCUCUCUCUCUCUGUGUGUGUGUUUGUGUGUGUGUAAAUGCUGAAUGUUGUCCAUGAAUCAAACUUGAGAGUUUUAUACGUGUACAGAGCCUUAAAAUAUCAGUAUGAACGAUGAGUCAGAAACAGAUAAGUAGGGAAUCUAUCUUCAUAUCACAGUAACUAUGUUUCGAUUGUCAGAUCUGUAUUUGUCUUUGUUUUUUUAAAGCGCCCUGCCAUGUCAACCCAAUUUUAAAUAAGAUUUUUAACAAUGCAGGAUUUUUUCUGUCAACUUAUCCAAAUGUAGUUUUUUACCUGGUAUUAGGGUACAUGCUUUUUCUAUUUUACAGGAAAAUCUCAAAUGUGUUUUCACCAGCAGAAGACAUAAAGUGUACGCUGUAUACUUUCCCCAUUUUGGUGCAUGUGCUGUUAGUUGUUUAUUUUUGUUGAAGGCAUGUGUUUCUGUGACACACACACACACACACACCUGCUCGCAUCUUACAAAGUUUAAACUUAUGUUCGUUUAUCUUGUUGUUCCAAUCCAUUUUCCUCCACUUUCGAGGACGUAUACACGUACAACUAUGCAAACUGAUACCUCAAUUCAUAGAGAAAUUUACCUCAAUAAAAGAAUAUUUUUGCAUUUUUUUAAACAACUUGUUGGCUGUUUCCUUUAAAGGUGCAUUGUGUAACUUCUAGAAUGAUAUCUUGACAGAAAUGCAAUAUCAUAUUCAUAACUAUAUUAUUGGUGUCGUAUAAAGACCUUACCAAAUGAA